AUGGCCAAAAAUUAUGGCAAGGGUUGUUUUGACUUUGUCCCAGAGACUUAUGUCUUGCCCGACAACUUCGAUGCAUUUCUCAAGUGUUAUCAGCGAUCACGAUGUCACUGGAUAGUGAAGCCGAACGCGUCCUCUAGAGGCAGAGGGAUUUUCAUUUUACAGGAUUUGUCAGAGCUGCCAUUGGACGAGACAGUUGUUGUAUCCCGUUACAUCGCAGAUCCGCUGUUGAUUCAAGGCUACAAAUUCGACUUGCGUGUCUACGUCUUGGUGACUUCAUACGACCCUUUGAAAGCCUACAUCUACCGUGAGGGAUUGACCCGUUUCGCUUCAGCCCCAUACAGCACCCAGGAAGACCACAUGCAGGAUGCCUUUAGGCAUCUCACAAACUAUUCAGUCAACAAGAACUCCUACACCUUUGUGGAAAACAGUGACAUGCGAGCUGACAAUGUGGGCCACAAAUGGAGUUUGUCAGCACUCAACAAGCAUUUGCGUUGCAUUGGUGUUGAUGUGAACUUGAUGUGGGUUCGAAUCAUGGAUCUCAUCGUCAAAACACUGUUGUCGGUUGAGCCAGCCAUAAGCAGCAAGACCAAACAGCUCAUUGGAAACCGAGAAAAUUGCUUCGAACUCUAUGGAUUUGAUGUCCUUGUGGAUAGUGACUUAAAGCCAUGGCUGCUGGAAGUGAACUUGAGCCCAAGCAUGCAGGCUGAACCUCCACUCGACUGGCAAAUCAAGAGCUCUCUGUUGGCGGACACUUUCAACCUUGUUGGAAUUGGCUCGAACGAGAAACCCACUCCAAAGCUUGAACGCCUGAGAGGGUCUUAUUCCCAGCCUUGGAAGCAAGCAAACAAGGAAACUCCAAAAGUGGAUAUUCCGGACAUAGAUGACAGCCAUGCGCCACUGGUUUUAAAUGCGCUUUCUGAUGCGAACUUGAAGAUGCUGACGAAGUCCAUUGGAGAACGCUCGCGAUGCCACAAUUUUGUGGUGCUCUUCCCAACGCGCGCUGCUGUGAAACGCUAUGGCAUGAUUACGGAAGCUCGAGCCCAGUCAGCACCUCGGACUGGUCUCACUGGGCUCAUGGCCAAGUUGAAUCGCUGUGUAUCGCAGUCUCAGAUGCUGGCGUCCAUACUCUAUGGUCCGUAUCCUUCGAGAUCUAUCACAGAGGUGAAAAGACUAUCUUCUAGGGAGACGUUAGACCAGCUAUUUCUUGAUGACGUGGAUGAUUGGCCGACAGAAGAACCAAUAGAACAGCGGAACCGCGUGGUGGCAGACCUGGAUACCAUUUUGCAGGCUUCAAGUCCGAUCACCUGGAAGGACAGCAAGGUUGCUGCGAAGUUAGCGAGCUUGAGCAAAUAUUCUCUCAUUCCUCCAGAGGCGAUCUCAGAGAAUGGAUGUUUGGUGGAGGAUAUGACGGCAGUUUGCCGAGAAAGCCUAGACUUUCUGGAACGUUUGGCCUGGCGAGAGGCAGACACUUCCUUGGCUGAUAUCCAUUCAGAAAGAUAG